AUGGUUGCAGGCCUGCUCACGAAGAUCACCACGACGAAUGAUCGGCAGCAUGAGCACUUGCAUCGCCAGACGCCCAGCGUGGACGUAGCAUCACAUCUCACCUCACAAACGACCAGCGUUCUGGCUUUCCACGGCAAGAACGUACCAAGUAUCACGAUACUGAGCUAUCUGAGCAGGAUAAAUAAGUACUGCCCUACCAGCUACGAGGUAUUCCUCAGCUUGCUGGUCUAUUUCGACAGGAUGACUGAGCGAGUGAAUGCUGGUCCGAUGCAGAGCCUGCGAGCGGCCAACGAGCAAUCACUGCGAGAGCGAAGUGCUUCUUCGGAGUCGGUCGCAUCAGAUCUUAUGGAGGGUGUCCAAGCGACCACCCCAUUAGGCACGCAACAAGCGACACCACCACAUUCCGGUAACCUGGAGCGAGGAAAGGCCUCGCAACAAGGUAUUCCCGGAACACCUCACAGCAGACCAAGCCAGCCCGAGUCGCCAUCGCUACCAACUUCACCCUCGAACAUCGACCCUUACAAUCUCUCCCACUUUUUCGUUGUCGACAGCUUCAAUAUCCACCGACUGGUCAUCGCCGGUGUGACUUGCGCGAGCAAAUUCUUCUCCGACAUCUUCUACACAAACUCGCGAUACGCAAAGGUCGGCGGAUUACCUCUCUCCGAGCUUAACCAUCUGGAGCUUCAAUUCCUCCUCCUGAACGACUUCAGACUCUCAGUGCCUGUUGAGGAGAUCGAGGCAUACGGGACCAUGCUGGUUGAGUUUUACGCUCGCGAAGUCGUUGCUCAGAAGCAGGCAUCUGAGUCCAUGCAGACGAGGUCGCUCAGCGAGACGUCCUCGGACAGCGCGUCUACUGUACGAGCUGAUAGCUGA